AUGCAGGCAAUUGGUAGAAUUAAACAAAAACAAGGUCAUUUCAAUAAAGCAUUAAAAUAUUUUCAAUCGACUCUUCAUAUAUACAAUCAUAGUUCAAAGUCUAAUCCAUCACUUAUAGCUUUUUGUUUAUUUAGCAUUGGUGUAAUCUUUCGUGAACAAAAUAAAUAUAAUGAAGCACAUGAUAAAUUCGAAGAAGCACUAAGAUUUCAACAAGAUAGUUCUUCACAUAAUUAUGAUUUAUUGGCUAAAAUUCAUAACAAUCUAUCUAUGAUAUUUGAACAUCUUCUUGACUGCGAACAUGCUAUAGAACAUGCACGAGAAGCAUUAGAAAUUGCAACUAAUAUAAUUGAAUCAAAUCAUGAUCAAACAGAGAUGUAUCAAGACAAUCUCAGUAAACUUUAUCAAAAAAAAUGA